CUUUACUGAUUUAAUUGCAUUCAGCCUUAAUUGCGUUCGGUAAAUAUUUGUUCAGCUGCACUCAGAUAUUUUUAAUUUGCUUAUUGGUGCGUACACAUUACAAGCUUUUAAGUUUUCAGGAAAAUGAAUGGUGAGGGCUGACUGCUGUUUAUCAGACAACUUCCCAAUUACAAUUACAGCCUUGGGUUAAGCAGGUUUCAUCCAUGCAAAUCGUGUUUAGAGCCAAUUUCCCAUAUUGCGUUUUUUUUGGCUUUCUCAAUCAGACAGGUGCACAGGCUGAGAUCUCUGAUAAAAGCAAAAGCCAGUGGGAAUCAGAGUUGAUAAAGCCUGAGCUGAACAUAGUCUGCAGGAUCACUUUAGGGCCUCACAGGAACAUUUGAGAAGCAUGGACAGAAACAACUCUUCCCUUCCAUCCGUCCCCUCAGAGAUGAUGGUGACUGCGGUGCCUACCAUUUUCCCCAGAGUGGGCUACAAUAUUCUCUCCUUCCUGAUGUUCAUCAACACGGUGUUCUCAGUUUUUAACAACGGGGUGGUGAUAGCCGUGAUGCUGAGGAACACGCAUCUUCUCCAGCCCAUGAAUGUUUUCAUCUUCAGCCUGGCGGUUUCUGACAUAAUGAUCGGCCUUUGCGGCUCACUGGUGGCCACCAUCACAAACUACCAGGGUUCCUACUUCAUUGGUCACGCGGCGUGUGUUUUCCAGGGAUUUUCUGUGAAUUACUUUGGUCUAGUGUCUCUCUGCACUCUGACCCUGCUCGCCUAUGAGCGCUACAAUGUCGUUUGCGGCCAAAAAGGCACUUUUAUGCUGAGCAUGCGGAGAAGCCUGAAGGGGCUGCUGUUUGUCUGGGUCUUCUGUUUGUUUUGGGCCGUCCCUCCGUUGUUUGGCUGGAGCUCCUACAGUCCCGAAGGGGUCCAGACGUCCUGCUCUCUGGCAUGGGAGGAGAGGUCGUGGAGCAACUACAGCUAUCUAUUUCUGUACACACUGCUCUGUUUCAUCAUUCCUGUGGCAAUCAUCAUCUACUGCUACUACCAUGUGCUGAAAUCCCUGAGAAAGUUGAACAGGAGCAUUGAGCUGCAAGGUGGCCGUUCCAGGAAGAGUGAGAAUGAUCACGCCAUCAACAUGGUCCUGGGAAUGAUCAUAGCUUUCUUCGUUUGCUGGCUGCCCUACACGGCCUUGUCGGUGGUGGUAGUGGUAGAUCCGGAGCUGUACAUCCCGCCGCUUGUUGCAACUCUGCCCAUGUACUUUGCAAAGACCAGCCCAGUCUACAACCCCAUCAUCUACUUUUUUUCCAACAAACAGUUUCGUGACUGUGCUCUGGAGCUGCUGUCGUGCGGGCGGUACGUCCCCAGAGGGCCCGCCAGCGUCAGCAUCCCUCUGUGCUCCUUGAACAGGGGGAGCUGUCUGUCUUCCAUAAGCAGGAGCGCCAGCACGCACAGCAAGACAGUUCAGAAACCAGCAGAAAGACACAUUUGUUUAAUAGGCCAAAACACCUAAAAUGCCUCACAUAUCAGAACCUUCUGCGAGUUGUGAAGAUAAACGCAUGGCUGAGUAAAAGGAAACGUGGAUGCUUGGGAAGGACACUCAACACGCCUGAAACUCACAGCCAACUUUGGUAAAGAAGUCUUAAAAUAAAUCCUUUUUUAUUGUAGUAGGAUAAUCCUAAUCCUAAAAUGUUUGAAAAACCAAACCUUUAAUUACAAUUUAUUUAUUCAAUGGGGAGACAAUUGUGAAAUAUUUAAUCUCACACUCAUUUGUACCUUAAUUGGUUCCUAUCAAAAUAAAUGUAACCAAGACCUUGUAAUAAUUUCUACUUUACUCUUAAAAUGAUCAAAGAGUCUGGGACAGUGGUCUGCUGCUGUCGUCAGUGACCCACAACCCUGGGGCAUAAAUAUGACACAGAAGUUCAUUUCUCUUAACCGCUCUUCAAAAAGGAAAAUACUAAAGCACAUUUGUUUGAGUAAUGAACAAAUUAAUUUAUUUAUUUUGAGUAUUUCAAACAUUAAAAGAAAAACUUAAAACAAAGAAAAGUAUGAACAAUUCUAUAUACAGUUCAAUAUAUACAACAACAACGAUGACGAUCAGAAAAUAAUAGAAGAGUUAAACAAAUGUUUAGCUCAAAAAGGAAGAAAACUCAUGGAUUUCUGCCCCUUUCACUCUUUCCAUAUUCAAGUUCAUACUGUACAACUAUUUAUACAUUGGAUCAAAAAAUUAAAGAAAGCAAAUUUGGCUAUACAACACCAUUUCAGUUUAUCAACAGCACUGCUCAAAAUC